ACGGUGACGCACUGAUACGACGUACGAUAAGCGGGGUCUGCGGGCGCGCCAGUAGUAUGCAUGCCGAACGCGCCCUGUGCUCGCGAUCGCGCCGACGACGGCUAUCAAGUUUCGUAUUAGUCACGGCGAGGGUUCUGAAUGGGAAAUAUUAUCCUCGAUCUUGGCUCGUGUGAGUUGACGAUGUGGUUUCGUCUUUAACGGGUGAUGCUUCAGUUUUCAUCUCCAUCUGCCUCGUGGGUUUGCUUGCGUUAGACUUCUUCCAUCACCUUGCCGCACGCUGGCUGGCGGAUACACACUUGCAGCGCGUAGCCAUGCUUGACUUCUCCACGCUUGCUUUGAUACUCCCGCUAGCUCUGCUGCUGCAAGUAGCAGUGAGCUAUGUCCGCAAUCCGCUUCGCAAAGUCCCCGCCGCGCACCCCCUGGCCCCGUUCACCAGUCUAUGGAUAUCCUCCAUCCGCUGGCGGCAGAUCGAAAAUGCAACCCUGAAGGCUGCUCACAACCGCCUGGGACCGAUCGUCUGCUUGGGCCCAGAGGAGGUCAGUGUCAACUGCGUUAGAGGCGGGAUCCGGGACGUGUAUGCAGGCGGCUUUGAGAAGCGCGAUGCAAAGAGCGGGUACAACUGGUAUGGCUUCUUCACCAACUUCGGGAACGACAACAUGUUUUCCACCGGCCUGAACAAGCCGCAUUCGGCACGGAAGCGCAUGUUGAGCAACAUCUACAGCAAGAGCGUCAUCACGGCGAGUCCGGUGUUGCAGGCGCAGGUGUCGGCGAUACUGUAUGAGAGGCUGCUGCCGCGUCUUACGGCCAUUUACGACGGCGCGGAGGGUGUGUUCGAGGCGGGGAGCUUAAUCAGCGCGAGUACCAUGGAUAUCGUCACCUCGUAUAUCUUUGGUCUGAGGGCGAGCUCGAAUCUGCUUGGCAAUCCUGACGAGUGUGCUUGGUUCCUGGAUCUCUACAAGUCUCGCCAUGGGUGGACGUUCUGGCCGCAGGAGUUCCCGCGAUUCACGAGCUUCUUGAGCAAGUAUCUGGGAAUCAGUAUGUCGCCGGUAUGGGUCGCUGGGGCGAAUGCGGAAAUCGAGAAGUGGACGAAGACAAUGUGCGACGGGGCUGCUGAGGUGAUGCAGCAAAGCAGCGUAGAGACCGAGGACACGCCAUCGGUAUACAUACAGCUAUCGACGGCCGUCAGAAAGGACGCGAUGAAGAACGACCUGGCUGCCAUGGACCUAAAUCCUGUAAUCGCAAGCGAGGUGCUCGACCACCUUGCGGCUGGCUUCGACACGUCUGCAAUUACGCUUACCUAUGUAGUCCACGAGCUCUCAACGCACAGAGACAUGCAGUCUCGUCUGCAGAAUGAGCUUCGAACGCUCUCGCCUAGACUUGUCGCUGCAUCGUCGCCCAGCUUACCGGAUCCAAAGGUUGUGGAUGCGCUUCCAGUGUUGCACGCGAUCAUCUGGGAGACAUUGCGCCUCCAUUCAGCUAUACCCGGUCCUCAGCCACGAUUCACACCGCAUCAAGGGUGCCGGCUCGGUCCAAACGGCGAUUACUUCAUCCCCGGAGGUGUGAGGGUCAGCGCCAGUGCUGGAAUACUGCAUCAGAACGAACAAGUGUACAAGCGCGCGAGCGAGUGGAGGCCUGAGCGGUGGCUGGAUCUCGACAAGAUUGACGAGGAGAAGCGGAAGGACAUGGAGAGCAGAUGGUUCUGGGCUUUUGCGGAGGGCGAAUGUGCGUGGGCUCCCACCUGGCGGUAUACCAAAUGAAGUACAUCGUUGCUGCGCUAUACUCGAGAUAUAGCACG